AUGACUGUUCAAUACACCACUAACACUGAAGAUACGUCGGCCGAUACAAGGAUCCUGAGCGUCGCGCUUGGGCACUAUAGUACUCCUGACAAUUAUAUUAAUGAUGGCAAGCAUGCCGUUAUUGUCCGCUCCGAGGUGGAACGGAUCCAGUUCUGGGUCACCAGCGUUCCGUAUGCGCAGAUUUUGAACAAGUACGCCUACCUCGUCGUCAUAUCGACAGAAAUGAAGGCCAACGCAACUCUUCACCCUACCGUGACCCCCAAGCUCAUGAGCCACUCGAACGUCAAUAAGCUUCUUCUUCGUCGACCACGGAAUCAAUACACCGUUUACCGUCAGUGGAUGUCUGCCAAGAUCCAUGCCAGCAACACCGGUUUGACUGCUGCUUCCCAAAUCGUCGCACGGGCUUGGCGGGCCGAGAAGUCUAAUCUUCCUCUCUCGUGGCGCAACUUGCACCGCGACCCGAUGACAGUCGACGAGAGACUGAUCCAAGCAGGAUACUGA